AUCCGGAUAUGUAGCAUGGAGUAGUUCCUCCGGAGCUUCCUGUGACUUAAUCCACUUGUUGAGGGAAAUGUCGCAUUGAGUAGCAUAGAAGAGCGUCGUGUUUCGUUAAAACUCUGAUUAUGUCUGAAUCACAGUGUAACCGGUGCGCAUGUAGCAGCUAAGCCCGCAGUCUGAGCACCAUGGUCGGUUUGAGGGCAGCGGUCCUGAGUGCGUCGGCAGUUAUUGGCGGCGGAGUCGCUUAUCUCCUCUGGAACCGCGCUUCAUCCUCCAAGCAGAAGAAAACAGAAACACAACAUGGAGAGGAUGAUAAAAGCAGCACGAAGGAGGAGGAGGAGGUGGAGAGGGAAAGAAACGCUCCGGUAGAAGAAGCUGUUGUUCCCGCCGCGGCUCCGAAAACAGAAACGCCCCGUCCUCUGGAGUCGGAGAAAACCCUGGUUCUGGUUCUGGGUCUGGAUGGAGCGGGGAAAACUAGCCUGCUGCACUGUUUUUCUGGCAGCAGUCUGGGGCAGGAGGUGGAGCCAACGCAGGGCUUUAACGCCGUCUCCAUCAACAGAGAUGACAUGCAUAUCGAGUUUUUAGAAAUCGGAGGUAAAGAGAAUCUGCGGCCAUAUUGGCAGAAGUAUCUGUCCAAAGCUCUGCUGCUGGUGUUCGCUGUCGACUCCUCAGACCCUGAGCGGUUUCCGGUCGCCAAGGAACAUUUACAUGAGGUGCUGAGGCUUGACCCCAUCCUGCCUUUAAUGGUACUGGCCAACAAACAGGAUCUUCCAAGUUCCUGCACCAUCACUGACCUGCAUGACGCACUGUCCCUGUCUGACGCAGGAGAGCGCGCUUUGUUCCUCAUCGGUACCCAUGUGAAAAAGAGAGACUCAGAGCUCAGCUCAGGGGUCCAGGAUGCUCGGGACCUGAUCAUUCAGAUGGUUUCUGGCAGCAGGUUUAGGGCGGUUUAGAAAUAACCCAGCGUUUAUCCUCACUUGUAAUAAAUCCGUUACAGAGCAAAACAGCUCCAACUUUCUGUUUUACUGUUUGUCUUAACUGUUGACUGUUAGCUUUCUUAUUUAUAGUUCGGGGAGGACAUUAAAAGGUUUUGCUUUAUCUCAUCUAUUCAUGGCAGCAUUGUUACAUACUUUAAGAGUUUGUUUUUUUUUACUAGGGGACUAAAUUGUA